AUGGCAGGCUGCGCAUUUAUCACACGCGAAGAGAGAAGCUUCUUCUGCCCCUCUACCGGCAUCUACAACGGUCCAUGGAAUUCGUCGCUGGCUCCCACACCACCUCUCUCGCUUCCCCAAUUCCUCCUCUCCCACUCCGCUUCCUCCUCCUCCAAGCCCGCUUUCAUCGAUGCGGAGACCGGCGCAGCCCUCACCUUCGCCAACCUCCGCGCUCUCACCGCCGCCGCCGCCCGUGCACUCGCCAUCCUCGGCGUCCGCCGUGGCGACGUCGUCCUUCACGUCUCUCCCAACUCCCUCCACUUCCCCACUCUCGUCCUCGCCGUCAUGUCCCUCGGCGCCGUCUUCUCCACCGCCAACUUCCUCCAAACCCGCUCGGAUAUCCAAUCCCAGGUUCAAGAUUCCGGCCCCGUUCUCAUCCUCACCACCGCCGACCUCGCCCCCAAGCUCGACGGCCUCAUACCCCGCCCUCCGACCCUGAUCGACCAAUUCCUCGCAUCGCUCUCCAUCGAUCGGAACGCCCCGGUCGAGUUCCCCGGCGUGGGCCCAGCCGAUCCAGUGGCGCUGAUGUACUCGUCCGGGACGACGGGGAAGAGCAAGGGGGUGGUGAGCUCGCACGGGAAUCUGGCGGCGAUGACCAGCGUUCUGCGGCACGUGUGGGGGAGGAGGGAGGAGGUGUACGCGUGCGUGGUGCCGCUGUCCCACAUGUUCACUAAUUUGACUUCUAAUAGCUCUCUAGUUUGGAUCAGCACCGAUCUUAUAAUCUAUUCUCUAGAGCCUUGUAGCACCAAAAUGGCGGUGGCGGCGGGGGCGACGGUGGUGGUGCUCCGGCGGUACGUGCUGGAUGAGCUGCUGAUGGCGGUGGAGGAGCACCGGGUGACGCUGCUGCUGGUGGUGCCGCCGAUGGUGGUGCAGCUGGCGAGGUCGGGCGGCGUGGCGCGAGCCAAUUACGAUCUGUGCUCGCUCAGGGAGGUGAUCUGCUCCGGCGCGCCGCUCGGGAGGGACCACAUGGAGCGCUUCGCCGACGCAUACCCCGGCAUAACCCUCUCUCAGAGGUGA